AUGUAUGAACACGCCGGCCUAUUGCUCAAUUUACCGUACUCCACAGGAACCAGCCCGGGACCGGGAGACAGUGGCGGUGGCUUGUACGUCAGUGAUGGCGACCGUUGGGUUCUCAGAGGUAUCGUUUCGUUUGGAAAGCUGAACGAAUUGAAGCACAAUGUGGACCCGUACAAGUACACCGUGUUCGUUAACGUUCAACAGUAUCUGACGUGGGUAAAGGAAGUUCUUGCUGAAAGUGAACCACAAAGGGACAGGACGCAGAAGCGGAUCAGUGAAAGCGAAUGCGACAGAUUUCGGAGUUUAUCGAAGAAGCGAAGAAAUGGCGAUUGUCUGAACAAUAGACACCCGCAUAAUGUGAUGAUUCUCCAACUUGACGGAAACUUGCUGUGCAAUGGUGUCUUAGUUGAAGAAAACUAUGUCAUUACAACUUGCAAUUGCGUUCGUCCAGCGCAAUACCGACCGGUGAAAGUACGAAUCGAAGCAUACGGCGAAGUGGAAGUGGCGGAAAUGUUCUGCCAUCCGAAGUUCAUCGACAAGAAAACCCACUACGACUUGGCGAUUCUCAAAUUGUCCCGAGCUGUCACGCUCUCUAGCAGUCUGAUUCCUGCCUGUUUGGCCAACGACUGGACGGAAAACCUCUACGAUAUUCUUUUGCAGAGCACGUUUGUUCACGAAGGGCAAGAUCUGAUAGUGUUAUACGAAUCGGACGAGAACAGGAUUACAACAACUGGAAAGUGCAAUUCCAUGUUCGAGUACUGGAUGGUAGAAGAGACCAACAAUGAUAGCGCAAUAUGCGUCAUCAAUACCGAUCCGUUGAGACGUGCUUCGUAUGGGACACGUGCAUCCACUGGAGAUGCACUGCAAUCGAGCAAUAGGCGAUCCUGUAUGUUCACCGUAGUCGGUGUUAAAGCCAGAAGUUCGGAUAAAUAUUUUACCAGGAACAGUGACCUUCCUAUGGUGGAUGCAUAUGCCCGAAUAUCCUAUCAUUUGGACUGGAUUGAAGACUUAAUCUGGAAUGUACAGCCUAAAGAAACCGAGUGUGGAGUUGACUACAAAUGGGAUAAACUAUGGCACGUGGCGAUUUUUCACAGGAAUAUCACCACCAAUGGAUUCACGUUUACCUGCAGUGGCACACUAAUUAGCGCAAAACAUGUUGUUACGACGGCGGGUUGUGUGCUGAAUCAAACCACUGUAAGCCCAUUACCGGAGGAUACUUUCGAACUCAAAGUUGGUCUUGAAAGACUAUCGAAACCCACUGCUUACGCGCAAACUCGAUACGUUAGUGAAGUCCAUGUUCAUCCGAAAUCUGUCACUGUUCAUGACAUAGGAAUACUGGUCACCAGCUGGCCAUUCAGGAUCACACAAGAUGUGAAACCAAUUUGUCUGGGUUUAAGCAAGAACUCGGCCAUUUGGAACUCGGAUGGAGAAAUCAGUGGAUGGGAAACAUUCGAGACCGGAGUUCCCAACGAUAUACGUAGAAGUGAUCGUAUAUCAAUUCUUGGUAGUAAAAAGUGUUCUGAGCUAGCUGGAAAACAACUGCCCACAGACAUGUUUUGUUCAGAUUACCCAAAAGACAAGAGAACUCACCAAGCGGAUCGAGGAUCAGGGUUGUACUACCAUAACGUUGGUGACAAAAGCUAUUGGACACUGGUGGGGAUCGCUUCAUCGGAGAUGAAAGGUAACGGAACCGAAAGAUAUACGCUGUUUGUUAAUGUUCAACAGUAUGUUGCAUGGAUCGAUGAAGUGGUGUCCCAAAGUGAGCCUAACCCGAAAAAGACAUCUAAACGGAUCAGUGAAAAAGAAUGCGAACGUUUCAGCAUGAUAUAUAGAAAAGAAAAAGGGGUUUGUGAAAAUGCUGGAAAUUUCACUACCAAAAAGUAUCCACAUAUCGUUUUUUUGCUAGACGGUAAGCUAAACGUCGCUUGUUCAGGUGUCUUGGUGAAGGAAAACCGGGUGUUAACAGCUUGUCGAUGUGCACGUGACCUCUUCCAACCGACACAAGUUGAAAUUGACAGUGGCGACAGAGUGAAAAUCUCGGAAAUUAUCUGCCAUCCAGACUACAACUCUGCUGCUGACUCAAAUCAUGAUCUAGCAGUACUCAAGUUGAGAACCUCUGUUGAAUUGUCCAGCCAGCUGGUACCGGCGUGUUUGGCGAAUGAUGAAACUGAGAAUCUGGAUGAUGCCAUUUUGCUAUCCAUGAUGUACAGAAAUUCGAAGGAGAACAAAAACGUGACCACACUAUAUUCCACGUACGAGUACAUCGGUACAGAAGAGCAGUGCGACAGAGUUACUGCAGGAGCCGGUAAUGCAGAAGUGUACAGCUUCCCGAUCAGUCAGUUCUGUACGAUCAGCCCCGGAUCGUACAGUGAUCCAAGCAUCGAGUUCAAUGACGCAGUUAUUCAAUCGGUAGAUCAUCGCAUUUGCCGAUUUACGGUGCUCGGAAUAGCAAGCAAAGCAGUAAACAGCAAUGCUGACACCAGACGAAGGCCAGAACUAGCCACGAUUGUUAAUCGCGUUGCUUACUAUCUGGAUUGGAUUGAGCAGGUCGUUUGGAGUGAUGAUAACUGAUGAGACAUCGGAGACGUAGACGAAGAACUUACACGUCUUGUUUUAGCAAUGCGAACAUCUUGCCGGUGAAUA